AUGGCUCCGUCCGCCACCACUCACCUCUCCUCCUUGGAGGGGCGAGCCCUCUCGGCGGACCAGAACGUCUUGAUGACGCACCUGGUCGUGUGGCUCCUCUCGCUGGUGUCGGGGAUCCUCCUGGGCCUGCGGUUAUUCACAAAGUGGCUGAGGGCACAGCAGCUGUGGUCAGACGACGGGUUCCUGAUAGCAUCAUGGGUCGUCAUCAUCUUCUACUCAGCAAUAGCAUCCCUCGAGCUCGCCCUGGGGGCAGGCCGCCGGCAGACCACGCCCCCGCCGCCAGGCCCGUCAGCCCUCCUCCUCCUGGACAACGUGGCGCGCAGCCUGGUCCUGACGGCGGCGGCGUGGAGCAAGACGUCGCUGGCCUGCACGCUGCUCCGGCUGCAGUCGCCACGCCUGGUCCGCGCGGCGCUGUACUCGUUGGUGGGCCUCGUGAACGUCGUCGUCGCGGGCGCCGCCAUCACGCACUGGCUGCGGUGCCGGCCGAUCGCCGCCGGCUGGGGCAGCGGCGAGGGCUCGUGCUGGGGCAUCGACGUGCAGAACAUUGUGGGCCUGAGCGCGCAGGCGUUCUCGGCGGCCAUGGACCUCGGGCUGGUGGUGGUCGUGUGGCAGGUUCUCUGGACCAAGGGGCUCAGCGUUGCCGAGAAGGCUGGUGUUGGGGCCCUGAUAGCUAUGGGCGUGCUGGCAAGCGCAACAUCCUCCGUGGCAGCAGCCCAGAUCUUCCAGCUCACCGACGCCAACUUCCAGCAGGCCAACCUCGACGUGCUCCUCUGGUCCUCGAUGGAGCCCAACAUCACCAUCAUGAUAGCCUCGAUCCCGACGCUGCGGCUGCUGCGGCCGUCGCGGUCCGGCAGCAGCAGGGGCCACCAGAAGCUCUUCUCGCGCGACGGCCGCGACAGGAUCCGCAUCGUGCGCACCGACGACAGCAGGGCGAGCCCCAUGACCGUCGGGGCGCCGCCGCCCAUCUUCAGGCAGCAGACGGCCGGCGCCGGCAGCAUCGCCACCGUGGCCACGACGGCUCCCCCGAGGCCGCCCCGCCCGACGUCCAACCAGUCCUUCUGGACCGACAGCUCGUCCAUCCUCAAGGGCGGCGGGGACAACGCCACGAACCCGGGCGGCAGCAGCAGGGGCCUGGCGCACGAGGCGUCCACCGACAACCUGAUACAGCAGUCGCCCGUGUACAGCCCCAACAGCCACGGGCCGUAUUCGCCUGGGGACAACAACAGCAACAACAGUAUCAACAAUAACACCACCAACGGCGGGCUUGGUGACACGCUCAAGCCCAGCACCAACGGCAAGAGGCUCACCCCGCUGGAGGAGGAGUCCAGCCAGAGGGGGUCCAACAUGUCCAACAACAUCAACACAUACAACAGCAACUUUGACAGCUACUACACCAACAACAACAAUAACAACAACCACCACCGGUCGAGCUCAAAGUACAGCACGGGCGCCUUCAUCGACACGUACGGGGCGCAGGCCCGCAACGUCGUCGAGGGCAUGGAGCUGAUCGUGCCGCUGAACCAACAGCAGCAGCAGAGGCAGCAGAAGCAGCAGCACUACCAGCAGCAGCAGCAGAACCAGCGGCCAUAUGCACCGCAGCAGUACUCACAGCAGUACCCCCAGCAGUACCAACAGCAGUACCAACAGCAGCAGUACGGAUAUCCGCAGAACCACGCGCGCCAGCAGUCACCACAGCACAGGCGGAAGCCCUCUGUGGCCGAGGCGCCAAGGUACAUGCAUCCCGUAACGGCGACGGGCGGAUACGGGGGCAUGCUGUGA